GCUCCGCGUCCCCGCCGCCGGAGGAGGUGCCCGCACGCUCGCGGCGCGCGCCGGCCCCACACGGUCGGCCUGUGGGCGAUUUCCUCCGGACCCAGGCUCCCGGGCCGAGGAGGAAGAAGAUGCAGACCUUCCUGAAAGGGAAGAGAGUUGGCUACUGGCUGAGCGAGAAGAAAGUCAAGAAGCUCAAUUUCCAGGCCUUCGCAGAGCUGUGCAGGAAGCGAGGGAUAGAGGUCGUGCAGCUGAACCUCAGCCGGCCAAUUGAGGAGCAGGGCCCCCUGGACGUCAUCAUCCACAAGCUGACUGAUGUCAUCCUCGAGGCUGAUCAGAAUGACAGCCAGUCUCUGGAAUUGGUGCACAGAUUCCAAGAGUACAUUGAUGCUCACCCUGAGACCAUCGUCUUGGACCCCCUCCCCGCCAUCAGGACCCUGUUAGACCGCUCCAAGUCCUAUGAACUUAUCCGCAAGAUUGAGGCCUACAUGAAAGAUGACAGGAUCUGUUCACCGCCCUUCAUGGAGCUCACGAGCCUGUGUGGGGACGACACCAUGAGGCUGCUGGAGAAGAACGGCCUGGCCUUCCCCUUCAUUUGCAAAACCAGAGUGGCUCAUGGCACCAACUCUCAUGAGAUGGCCAUUGUGUUCAACCAGGAGGGCCUGAAUGCCAUCCAACCCCCCUGUGUGGUCCAGAACUUCAUCAACCACAAUGCUGUACUAUACAAGGUGUUUGUGGUGGGCGAGUCCUACACAGUGGUCCAGAGGCCCUCACUCAAGAACUUCUCUGCGGGCACGUCAGAUCGUGAGUCCAUCUUCUUCAACAGCCACAACGUGUCAAAGCCGGAGUCUUCAUCGGUGCUCACUGAGCUGGACAAGAUCGAGGGCGUGUUCGAACGGCCAAGUGAUGAGGUCAUCCGGGAACUAUCACGGGCUCUGCGGCAGGCGCUUGGAGUGUCGCUUUUUGGAAUUGACAUCAUCAUUAACAACCAGACCGGGCAGCAUGCUGUCAUUGAUGUCAAUGCCUUCCCAGGCUAUGAGGGUGUGAGCGAGUUCUUUACCGACCUUCUGAACCACAUUGCCACAGUCCUGCAAGGCCAGAGCACAGGCGGAGCGGCCACGGAGGAAGUGGCCCCGCUGAGGCACAACAGGCUCCUGGCGGACCAGGCGGGCAGCCUGGCUGGUGAGCGGACGUGCAGUGCCAGCCCUGGCUGCUGCAGCAGCAUGAAGGGCCAGGACACACCCUGGAAGACUGAGCCCGAAGCAGGCAACCUGGGUGCCGGUGGCGGCUCUGCCAAGCUGCCGCAUCAGAGACUUGGCUGCACCCCCGGUGUGUCCCCCAGCUUCCAGCAGCACUGCGUGGCCUCCCUGGCCACCAAGGCCUCCUCACAGUAGCCACAGAGCCCAGGACCCAGAGGGGCGGCGCAGAGCGUGGAACACACCCACUGGGCCAGCAGCUCCCGACGGGAAACACUACUAAGAAUUCCCGGUGAUCUGA